AUGGCGUCCUCAACUACCGUGCCUCUAGGAUUUCACUAUGAAACGAAGUACGUGGUUCUCAGCUACUUGGGACUCCUCUCUCAGGAGAAGCUGCAGGAGCAGCAUCCUUCCUCACCCCAAGGGGUUCAGCAAGAUACAGUUUCACAAUCUCUGGAUCAAGAAGUUUUAUUAAAAGUUAAAACUGAAAUUGAAGAAGAGCUCAAAUCCCUGGACAAAGAAAUUUCUGAAGCCUUCGCCAGCACAGGCUUCGACCGCCACACCUCGCCCGUGUUCAGCCCCGCGAACCCGGACAGCUCCGUGGAGGACUGCCUGGCCCACCUUGGGGAGAAGGCGGCGCAGGAGCUGCAGGCACCUCUGCUUGGGGCCUUGCAGACACUGCUCAGCGGGCCAGUGACAUAUCAGGCAUAUCGGGAAUGUACACUGGAGACCACAGUUCAUGCCAGCGGCUGGAAUAAGAUUUUGGUGCCUCUGAUUUUGCUACGACAAAUGCUUCUGGAGCUGACGAAACGUGGCCAGGAGCCACUGGGCGCACUGCUGCAGUUCGGCGUGACAUUCCUGGAAGACCACGCAGCCGAGUACAUCAUCCAGCAGGGUGGCUGGGGCACCGUCUUUAACCUGGAGUCAGAGGACGAGUGCCCUGCGGGCACCGCGGAGGACAGCAACGACAUCUACAUUCUGCCCAGCGACGGGUCCACGCACGUCAGCCCCCCGGAGUCACCCACUACAGCCACGGCCUCCUGGCAGGCCGAAAGCUUGCCCGUGUCGCUGUCUGCCAGCCAGAGCUGGCACACGGAGAGCCUGCCGGUGUCCCUGGGCCCCGAGUCCUGGCAGCAGGUCACAGUGGACCCUGAGGAAGUCAAGAGCUUGGAUAGCAACGGGGCCGCAGAGAAGAGCGAGAACAACUCCUCCAACUCCGACAUCGUGCACGUGGAGCGGGAAGAGAUCCCCGAGGGUGUGGGGGAGGCGGCUGCACCGGCCCCUGCCCUGAUGGCGGCUGUCCCCAGAGCCAGUCCCACGACAUCACUAUUCGUGGAGCUUGGUGAAGAAGAGGCAGAAGCAGCCCCACCAGAAGCUUCUGAACUGGAGCGGGAGGGGGUCCUGCCACCCAAGCCCCCAGCAGAGCCUCCCACAGCCCCGCCGAGUCGGGAGGAGGCCACCGGAAGGCAGGGGGCACUCAGGGUAGGGCCCCGCCCAGGCGACCUCGAAAAGGCCGGCCCGCUGCCUGAGGGCAAGUCCCUCCUGCUCUUGGGAGGGGCGGCUGCCAUGGCCAUCCUCGCAGUGGCGGUUGGGUUGGCACUGGCUCUGCGGAAGAAAUAG